AUGACUUAUAAUCCUGAUUGGGUGGAGAUCCAACAAGAAUUGGGCAAAGGCCAAACUCCUCAAGAUAGGCCAGACUUGGUGACUAGGGUAUUUAGAGCAAAACUGCAGGACCUAAAAGACCAAAUUUUCAAAAAAAAAAUAUUUGGAAUUGUUGCAGCUCAUGUCUUCGUGGUGGAAUUCCAAAAAAGAGGUCUACCUCAUAUACACCUUUUGCUCAUAUUGAAAGAAGGCCACAAGAUAAAAACAGCAGAUCAGUACGAUAAGUUUAUAUCUGCACAAAUUCCAGACAAAUCUAAAUAUCCGCUCUUGCAUGAAUUAGUAGUCAAGCAUAUGAUGCAUGGUCCAUGUCGACAGCAUCAUCCAACGAAUUCAUGCAUGCAAGAUGGCCAAUGCAAGUAUCAUUAUCCUCGCUCUUUCAUCAGCAAAUCAAUGCAAGCAAAGGAUGGCUAUCCUAUUUACAGAAGAAGAAAUGAUGGAAGGUUUGAGACCGUUCGUGGAAUGAAAAUGAAUAACCAAUGGGUUGUGCCGUAUAAUGCUUAUCUGCUUAUGAGAUACAAUUGUCACAUUAAUGUCGAGGUCUGCUCGGGCGUAAAGGCAAUAAAAUACCUUUACAAGUAUAUAUAUAAAGGCCAUGAUAGGUGUGCCGUUUAUAUUGAGUCUGGUGAUGGAGAAAAAAUCAUUGAUGAGAUCCAAAAUUUUCAAGAUGCGAGGUGGGUUUCACCACCAGAAGCACUAUGGAGAAUUUAUGAAUUCAAUAUAAGUGAAAUGCAACCUCUAGUUAUUAACCUUCAACUAUAUCUCCCUGACAAACAUUCAGGUACACAAAUUUUAAAGUUACACACUUAA